CAGGUGUAAGGGAUUACAAACGAGGGGAAACAAUACAAAGACAUAAAAUUGGGCAUUUCUUGGCAUCUAAUUCUGUUUCUAAAUGCAUGUAGUUAUUUAUUUUUGUUACAAAGGCGUGUAUUUAUUAUUUUUAAGUGGUAAAUGGAGGCUUUUAUUAUGAAACUGGACAGUUUGAUGCGGAAAUUAGCACACAUUGUGGUCAGUGGAGACGUGUUUUGCUAGCUAGCUAGCUAGCUCUGCAGGUUGUUAGCUAGCUUUUAAAUGUAAAUAACAAAGGGAAAUAAAAUGGCAGCGUUUUCAAGCUUGUAAUAUUUAUUCAAGAUUUCUAUGGAGCUAUGGAGACGGCUUCAAAAGGAAAGGCCAAGCGGAGGCACCUGAGUGCAGCAGAGUGCAGCGGUUUGAGCCAAAGCCUCCCCGGCAGCCAGGCAAUCACACAGCCUUUCACCCUGAACCUCCAUAAUAAAGACCCCAAUAAAGGACUUCAGCCCAGGACCCCAACUAAGAGGAGAAGAAGAGAUGGCCUACAGCAGAGAGUCAUUACAGGAUUCUUUGCGUCUGCUGGAGUCCUUAGGAGCAGCCCGCUAAAAGGCAACACAGUGAAGACGGAGCCCGGAUUGAACGGUCACAUCGUCAUAAAGGAGGAGGAAGAGGAACGAGAUGUGACGAUGGACCUCAUGGAAGGCAUUACUGAAGAGAUGUUUGUGGAUGAUGAGGAGUUUGAGACAGGCAUGUGUUCGGUAAAGAAAGAGGAGAAUGAGCAGGAGGGGACAGGAGCAGGAUGCAGCAGUUGGGUGUCUCGUCCACUUCACUCCAGUUUUAUUAACGGACACAUGAAAAAGGAGGAAGAAGAUGAUGAAGAGUAUGAAGUGCAAAGCCUCCCUGAUGCUCAUUACGGGUUGCUGGGACUGAAUCGGGCGCUGCUGGAGCCCCGGGGUCACAUUCAGGACUUGCCUGAAGAGGUUCUGAGUGUUAUUUUUGCUCAGCUCCCAGCAGAUGAUCUUUACCGCCAUGUCAGUCUGGUGUGUCGGCACUGGAGAGAAAUCGUCAUGGAUAGCCAGUUUCUGCCAUGGAAGAAGUUGUACUACAGAUACGACAAGCAGGAGGAGGUGGCAGUGAAGCAGCUGAAUGCCCUCCUUGAAGACAACGGCAUUGUCAGAAAUGAUGAUCUUUGUGUUCUGAACAUGGUGAGGUACAUGUCACAGUUUAAGCACAGCAGACGGGUGAAUGUGGCAGAUGUUUUGCGGUGUGUGAAAGGCCAUCGGCUCUACGCCCAGGCGGAGGCCUGCGUCAAGCACAGGCUGCCAGACAUGGAGACGGUUGAUGGGGGACCAAACCCCUGGUCUGCCAUGGCCCUGAUGCUGAUCCUUGCAGAUGGGGUGAAGGAUGUCCUGGACUUGGUGGCUCGUUUACGAACCUCUGGCUGUUUCCUUACUCCAGACAGGAUCUCGGAGUUCCUAUGGGCUAUGGCUACAAUUCUUCUCGCCAUGAAGAACACUAACAUUACCAUCACUAGUAGGUGGCACUACAAUAUUUUUUAUGUGUUGCAUCUGAUGGAGAACUCACCACCGCCUCUGAGUCAUGGUGACGGCAGAGAAAAGCAGAUACACGUCACUCACGAACAGCAGCAGAUCCUCAAUCACGACAUCCAGAGAGACCACGUUGUCAAAAUCAUGGCUUUUGCUGGUACUGGAAAGACAACGACUCUGGUGAAGUAUGCUCAACAAAGACCACAUUUGCGCUUCCUCUAUAUUUCCUUCAACAAGUCAGUGGCCAUGCAGGCCACCCGCAGUUUUCCUUCUAAUGUAGAGUGCAGGACCAUCCACUCUAUGGCCUACAAAGCUAUUGGACACAGGUACAAAAAUCUGAGUAAGCUGUGCAGUAACUUGAAGCCGUUCACGGUGGCCUGGGUGCUUCCUGAGGGCCGCGGCGGCUUCGUCAACGCCAAGGUGGUGACGCAAACCAUCAACAAUUUCUGCUCCUCCACGGAUGAGUGCAUUGGCCCACAGCAUGUCCCAGACCGCUACAAGAAUACCACCGGGCGUGAGGAGUGCCCGACCAAAUCCAAAAGAAAGUUGUUUGCACAUGACGCACAAAACAUCUGGAGGAAAAUGACUGAGCUGAACCCCACCAAAGAAGCGGCACACCACAUAACCCAUGAUGGUUACCUCAAACUAUGGCAGCUGCAGAAGCCUGAACUCAAAGACUAUGAUGUGAUUUUUAUAGACGAAGCUCAGGAUUGCACUCCAGUCAUCAUGGACAUCAUGCUUUCUCAGGCCUGUGGAAAGAUCCUGGUUGGAGAUCCCCAUCAGCAGAUAUACACUUUCAGAGGAGCCGUUAAUGCUUUACAUACUGUUCCACACACACAUCUUUACUACCUAACACAGAGUUUUAGAUUUGGCUCUGAGAUUGCCUACGUUGGUGCGACAAUCCUAAAUGUCUGCAAAAAGGUGAAAAAGAUUUUGGUUGGUGGACGCCACGAUGGCAGUGUGAGAGGAGAGGACAGGGAGACUCUGGACAAUAUAAGACUGGCUCAUUCACAAGUUGGAGGAAAGGUGGCCAUUUUGUGUCGCUGUAACGUAACAGUGUUCAGCGAAGCAGUACGGCUCACCGACAUCAACCCUAACUGCAAGAUCCACAUUGUCGGCGGUGUUGAAAAUUUUGGCUUGAAGCAAAUCCUGGAUAUCUGGAUUCUGAUGCAGCCAGAGGAGAGACGUAGGAACGAAAACCUGUGGAUUAAGGACCCGUUUAUCCGGAGCUUCUGUAAGGAGAAGCUGGGCGGUUACGCAGGCCUGAAGAAGUAUGCCACACACACGGAAGACCGUGAGCUGGAGGCUAAACUGUCUGUGGUGGAGAAAUACAACAAGCGCAUUCCAGAGCUGGUGGAUCAGAUCUACAACUGCGCUCAGAGCAAGCCGAACUGUGCAGACUAUAUCCUGGGUACGGUGCAUAAAUCCAAGGGUCUGGAGUUUGAUACAGUAGUGGUGACAGACGACUUCAUCAAAGUGCCUUGCUCCAGACACAACCUGCAGAGAAUAAACAUUAACCCAGCUAUAAGAAAAGCUGAUGCAGAUGAGUGGAACCUGCUGUACGUGGCCGUGACUCGAGCCAAGAGAGAGCUGUACAUCACCAAGAGCAUCAGCAACAUCCUCACACUUGCAGGGGACAAGAUCAUAUACAGUGGAUCAGGCAAUGAGAUCACUGUGGAUCUGGUGAUAAGAUCACUGUGGAUCUGGCGAUAAGAUCACUGUGGAUCUGGCGAUAAGAUCACUGUGGAUCUGGCGAUCACUGUUGCAUGUAAUGCAAACAUAUAUUUGAAAUGUAAAAUGUUAUUUUAUAAUUUGUAUUUAAUGAUCAUAGGAUAAAAUCCAUGUACAAGUAAGCAAAACACUGUCAACUCCAUAAAUCUUGGCACCGUUAAAGAAUUUUCCCCAGUUAUUUAAGUGGAAAAUUUGCAACAUUGCACAUAAUACUCAUUUUUAGUACAUGUUUUGUGUUACGUAUUUUCAAAAUAGAGACAGUUUAUUUAUUUAUUAAUAAACAACGUCACGUUUAUCCAUUUAUCAUUACAUUUAAUGUUGUGGAAUGUUAUCACUUAUGAUAUAGCUGCUAUAAACAAUUGUUUCCACUUUCUCUUGAAGUUAAUAAGACUGAAAAUAUGCAACUGCCUUUGUCCUUAGACUUUUUAAAGUAACAGCUUUACCUCUGACUGUUACAAAGACACUGUAGACUCUUUUUAUAAAUGUUAAAUAAAUGUCUCCACAAAAUGAUGAAUACGUGUUUUUCUUUGCUAAAUAACAACACGUUUUAAUCUGUUUACUGACUGACUUGUUAAUCCCUGUGAAUAAGUUUGAACUAUAUAAACGAUAAUGUAUUUGAAUGAGCACAUGUAUAUAAACCUGUGACUUAUAGCUGUAUGUACACUAUAUUACCAAAAGUAUUCGGUCACCUGCCUUGACUCACAUAUGAACUUAAGUGCCAUCCCAUUCCUAACCCAUAGGGUUCAAUAUGAUGUCGGUCCACCUUUUGCAGCUAUUACAGCUUCAACUCUUCUG